CAAAAUAUUAUAACCAUGUUUCUCUCUUUCUCUUCUUCUUCCUCUCUCCUUCCCUCUCCUUCUCCCUCUCUCCUUCCCUCCCCUCUCCCCCUCUCUCUCUCUCCUUGUGUCCUACAGGUUCAUCAAUGCCAGAAGGAGAAUAGUUCAGCCCAUGAUCGACCAGUCGAACCGUGCAGUAAGUCAAGGAGCCCCCUACACCCCAGAUGGACAACCCAUGGGGGGCUUCGUGAUGGACGGGCAGCAGCACAUGGGAAUCAGACCACCUGGAGCGAUGAGUGGCAUGGGGAUGAACAUGGGCAUGGAGGGACAGUGGCACUACAUGUAGUCUUUCGCCUGUCAAUCAAUCGCUCGUCAUAUGGGGAAGACUGCAGGGCAUGCCAGGGAAUUACCUGUCAGACGACAGCACUGCGUCCUGCUGGGCACCCUCACAUCAAAACCAGGACCCACCACUUCAAAACCAGGACUCCCUCCCGUAACCAGGAGCCUGCUCAGCUGCACAUGGCCCUCCCUUUGGGCCUCCCAGGCACCACAUUCCUGGACCCCCCCACCCCCCCACCCCCCCACCCUGCUCUGUCCCACCCAGUGAUGAUGAUGCACAGGGGAGGACAUCCUCACCACCAUGGGCCCAGCCACCCUGCCUAUGCCCCCCUGCCAGCCUCCAGUCCCUAGAUGCCCAUCACCCAUCCCAGCAGACCCCUACCCCCCUUCAUCCUGAACCCUGGACUGCCUCGCCCAGUAGACUCUAAGGGAUUCCUCUUUGAAAAAAAAGCGAUUGAGAGACAUUGGGUGUUUUCUCUUACCCGAGACUGAAGACAACUAAAGAGACACCUGCUAUGUACUAUGGACUCCUAGAAAAAAUAAAAAGAGACUCCAUUCAGAGAACUGUACCUCCAUUCAGAGAACUGUACCUCCUCCGAGUCUCGACUGGGGAUGGAUUUGGACCAAGGAGAAGCCAAUGUCUGUAUAACACAGAGGUGCCCUUACAAAUAGGAUUCCAGAAGAGAUGAGAAUGAGGGGAAAGAAAGACAGACAGAGAUUGAAAGACAAACUAUAUCAACUCCUAAAGGGGAGGGAAGAGGAGAGAGGGGAGAUUCUGUAUACUGUUGUACAAUUACGCUGGACUCUCAAGGAGAACUGGGAAUUGAAGUAUUGUAAAUGCUAUGGUAUUGUUCUGCAUAAUAUGUUGUUUCUAAUCGUUUUUUGGGGGAAAAAAGGAUGUGAACUUCUUGUUUUUUUUGUUUCUUUCCACACUAUGUGUGUGCUGUCUCUAUGACUUCUGACCUCUGACCUCCUCCCUAUUAAAAUCACCAUGAGUUUAAAAAGAAAAAAAUAUAUGUGAAUAAACCAAUAAUUCGAUCAACCAAUCUUCUUCCAGGCCUUUCUUUUGGAUGGGUGAAAGAUAGCCUGAGUGUCAGUCUAUUUGUGCUAUCAUACCAACUCCCUGUCACCCAUUGUCAUGCACAAACAGAUCUGGGACCAGGCUAGAGGUGAAAGAGUGGCUCACAGCUUGUGACAGACAGACAGACAGACAGACAGACAGACAGACAGACAGACAGACAGACAGACAGACAGACAGACAGACAGACAGGCAGACAGACAGACAGACAGCACUCCUCUGGUUCAGUGGAUAGACUGGACAGACAGACAGACAGACAGACAGACAGACAGACAGACAGACAGACAGACAGACAGACAGACAGACAGACAGACAGACAGACAGACAGACAGACAGACAGACAGACAGACAGACAGACAGACAGACAGACAGACAGACAGACAGAAUGUAUAAAGCAUUGGACAUCUCGGUAUGAUUGAGGAGUUCUGAGCUCCAGAAUUACAUUCAUGUACUCAAUUGUAUUUAUGUCACGAGGCUGGAGUCUGCAUUGUCCGAUGCAUUCUCCCCCCCCCCCCCACCCCACUAAGUCUGUAGCUCUGGGGUCUAGCUUCCCCUAGGAUCAGCUUCCCAUUCCCCAAUCCUAACCUUCACCAUUAGUGUGUAAAAUGCUAAACUGACCCAAGAUCAGCGUUUAGGGGGCACAGGGAAGUUUAUUGGAGGUAUUACAUACAUUCAUUUUGAUGGGAGGGAAUGUACAAACCCUGUGUGUGCGUGUGCGUGUGUGUGUGUGUGUGUGUGUGUGUGUGUGCGUGCGCGCGCGCGCGUGCGUGUGUGUGCGCGCGUGCGUGUGUGUGUGUGUGUUUGAUCAAUGCAUCCGUCAUUCAUUGUAUUAUGUCAAGUCAAUGUUCUUGUAUUUUUAUUUUGUAUGGUUUCAUCCUGGAGAGUGUAUGUAAGUAAACAUUGUAAAUAAAUACAUUUUAUGCAA